GGCGUUGAUGAGCAAGGGAGAGCGAGAGGCAGAGAGAGAGAGAGAGAGAGAGAGAGAGAGAGAGAGAGAGAGAGAGAGAGAGAGAGAGACCCCGUACUCCUAAUGAAAGUUUAUCCCCUACUCGUUGUUGCCUAUGGCGGAUGGGUGAAGGGGGUGGAGGAGGAAGAAGGUGUGAAGGUGGUUGGCUAUGGUGGAUGGGUGAACGGGCAGGUUGUUGCCUAUGGCGGAUGGGUGAAGGGAGUGGAGGAGGAAGAAGGUGUGAAGGUGGUUGGCUAUGGUGGAUGGGUGAAAGAGGUGGAGGAAGAAAGUGUGAAGGUAGUUGGCUAUGGAGGAUGGGCGAAGGAGGUGGAGGAGGAAGAAGGUAUGAACGUGAUUGGUUAUGGUGGAUGGGUGAAGGAGGUGGAGGAGGAAGAAGGUAUGAAGGUGAUUGGUUAUGGUGGACGGGUGGAGGUAGAGGAAGAAGAAGGUAUGAAGGUGAUUGGUUAUGGUGGAUGGGUGAAGAAGGUGGAGGAGGAAGAAGGUAUGAAGCUGAUUGGUUAUGGUGGAUGGGUGAAGGAGGUGGAGGAGGAAGAAGCAUCGAGAGCAACAGCGAACGCUGCAGCUAGGGAACAGGCUGCCACAGCAGCUAGGGCAGCAGCCAUGACUAGCUCAACAGCAUCCUCUGCGGCUUUGUCAGGGACUAAUGGGAUGAGUGUGGGAAUGCCAACUAGUUCCACGAGUUCCUCGGGCACUUCCGGGUCUACAGGUUCUAGAGGAUCUUUUAGUCAAAUGGCAGGCUCGCAGUUCAGCCCCAUGACCGCACGAGAGCGGGAGCUUAGAGAGAUCCAACAGGUCGAGAGGCUCCGCCAGCAGUUAGAGGAGGAUCUGAAGAAAGCAACCGAUAGAGAAAAAGAGAUAAAAAGUAGAGCAGCCAGACUUGAUACGUUAGAGGCUGACAAGGCUGCGUUAGAGAUGGACUUCAUGCAAAGCACUUUAGACCAGAUCCUGGAUGCAUUGACAAAGCCAAGAUUCCGGCCACCAGCACAAUCGUCGUUGCCGUUAACGGCGAUGUCAGGCCCCUUUGCCGUACAAGCUGGCACACAGCCAAGUGGUACGUCUGCAGCAGCAGCACAGACUGUUGCAUCUUCUUCUUCGGGUCCAGUGGUGAUUGCUACAUCACCACAACAACCUGUUCAGCAAUCUGGACAACAGCAAGAUGUGUCUGAGGCCUUAGGAGACUUAGAAGGCGAAUGGUCAAACAAGGAUCCUCGCGAGUCUUGGGUGGCGCUAAAGAAGGGUCCUAGAGGGGAACAUUUUGUUGUGGAAGUGGAUGUAGGAGGCCGCAAAUGUGGUGCCUUCAUAGACACAGGCUCCACGCGAAAUUACAUAAGUCGCGACUGUUUGGAAAGGCUGCACCUACAGGACCAGGUACGACACCUUAGUAGACCAGUAGCAUCUACUUUGGCCAACAAAGAGCGCAUGAUUGUCACAGACUACCUCAAGGACGUAGUCUGUACCUUCUCCUAUGGAGGAGGUGAGCUUAACCAUAAGAUCUCGUUCUUGGUUAGUAACGACUUGCCAUUUGACAUGUUGCUAGGCAUGUACUACCUCGAUAUUGCUAAGCCCCAGUUUGACUGGGAUAAGAAGGUGCUCAAACAGAAGUUGCCCGAUGGCCGAACUGUCAGAAUGACUAAGUUCAAGGCCAAUAGUAUUAUAGAUACCUAUGGCUGCUUGUGCGCAUCUGCGUUCAACAAUUACUAUAAGCAAAACCAAGAGGAAGGAUUGAGUGUUUCCAUGGAUUUCAUGGACACCCUUGUGACCAGCAAGAGUGGUAAGAGGCAGAUUUUCGUCAUCAUUGAUAGAUUCACCAAGUACGCUAGACUAAUACCAAUGCCAGAGACAGCCAGGACGGAGUAUGUCAUCAAGCUGUUCAAGGACAACUGGGUAAGGGACUUUGGUUUACCAAAGACCAUCAUUAGUGACCGAGACGUCCGCUUCACAAGUGAAUUGUGGAAGAAGACUGCAGAACAAAUGGGCAGUCAACUUCAAAUGACUUCAGGGAAUCAUCCCGAAGCCAACGGACAAGCCGAACAAAUGAACAGAGUGGUACAACUCUUGCUGCGGCAUUACAUCAAGCCCAGCCAAGAUGAUUGGGAUGAGCAGUUGCUUCUCAUCGCCAGCUUGUACAACAAUGCUAUUCAUAGUAGUACCGGCAUUAGUCCUAACCAGUUGCACUUGGGAUGGAAGCCUAGAUCAGCACUAGACUUUCUCCUACCUGAAAACCGACCUGCUGCAACUCCAGGCACACUUGAAUAUGGCGUGCAAUAUGAGAAGUUGCUGCGCGAGGCUGUUGAACAUAUGAAGAAAGCUCAGCAAGCCAUGAUUGCUUCCGAGAAUCAACAUCGCAGACAGUCCACAUUUCAGGUGGGGGAACGUGUCUGGGUCAAGGCUACUCCAAAGUUCGACGGACAGGAGAUCUUCUGCGACUCAACAAAGACAAAUCCUAUAUCAUGGUUCCGCAAGUUCGAGCUCACGCUACAGCUACACUACGUCAAGGAACACAAGCACCACGCGUACUUGUACUCCCGGUCGGGGGGCGCGUGCCAGGCAUGGUUGGACAAUCUCUUGUCCAAAUACGGAGUAGUAGCUGGCAACUUGCGCACCAAGAUCAGUUGGGAUGAUCUGAAGGCAGUGUGGCACAAGCGGUUCCAAGUCGAGCUGCCCGAGAUCAAGGCUAUGGACAAGCUCAUGGUCUUCGAGCAAGGCACGCUGCCGAGUACCAACUGGAUUGCCGGGUACCAACGCUUGACAUCAGUCCCAGACAUCCAGAUGGGCUUCAAGGCCAUCCGCCACUAUUUCAUCUCAAGGUCAUGUCCGACAUUAAGAAAUGCCUUGACUCAUGUCGAGGACACCUUGACAACAACGGUGGAACUCUUUGACAAGGCCGCGCAGAUCAUUAUCACGAACAAGGAGACAAAGAACCUGCGUUCGUUUGCGCCGGGCCCGAGCAGGGACCAGCAUCGGCCAAGAGUGGCCGUGGUCGCAGCGGCAACGCCGUUUGACCAAACUAGCGAGGUCGUGUCUGCCAAUGAAGGGGACAGACUUGCAGCUGCCCGGGAAGGUGGCUGCCCCGGCAAAGGCCGAGGACGCGGCAAGAAGACACACACCGCAUCUAGCCCCGGGCCCGGCGCAGCAGCUCCAGCCCCAUGGUCCCAAUACGGCAUCUCCGAGCAAGCAUUCAAGCGUUUUAUCGAAGGCUACUCGAAGAUCGCCGCCCACUUGACCAAGCUUCAAUGCGAGGAUCGGCCGUUUGACUUCGGAGAGGAGGCACGGGAAUCAUUUUUGGCUCUCAAAGCCGCGCUAUUGUCUGCGGAGGUCUUGCGGAUAUACGACCCGCUUUUGCCUAAGCGCAUCACUACGGAUGCGUCAGGCUAUGGCAUUGGUGCAGUCCUCGAGCAACAUGAUGGUGUGGACUGGCACCCGGUCGAGUAUUUCAGCAAGAAAGUGGUCGUCGUCCAUUCCAUUGACGAUGCACGCAAGGAGUUCCUCGUCUUCGUCCACGCGCUCAAGCGGUGGCGGCACUUCCUCCUUGGUCGAAGCCAAUUCCGAUGGGUAACAAACAACAAUCCGUUGGUCUUCUACAAGACCCAAGACACCGUCAACAGCACCAUCGCUCGAUGGAUGGCUUCCAUCGACCAGUUCGACUUCUUUCCCGAUCACAUUCCCGAGAAGUCGAACCGUUUUGCGGAUGCUCUUUCACAGCUUCCGAAUCAUUGCACCGCGGUCUACUCAAACUUCGAGAUUGAUGAUGACCUGCGGAACAGCUUCAUCCGCGGCUACCAAGCCGACCCCGAGUUCCACGACAAAUACGCGAAUGCUUGCUUGUCCACACACGGGGGAAGGACCUUCUUUGCGCACCGAGUGAUCCUCACUUGCGUACACGGCUUCUUGGCGAGUUCCUCGAUGCUCCCGCCACCGGACACUUUGGAGUCAAUCGCACGAUUGGCCGACUUCGCGAGCAAUUUUGGUGGCCCGUCCUUCUCGGCGACGUCACACACUAUUGCGAGUCAUGCGAGGUUUCCCGACGCUGCAAAUCCCGCAACCACCAAGGACUGGGUUGAGCGGCUGCCGGAUGUCGAGUUGGCCUACAACUCUUCCAUCCGCCCGACUAUCGGGAUAUCGCCUUUCGAGUUCGAGCACAGCUCGCCAGUCACUUCACCAUUGGACACUAUCACUCCACGAACGGCCGAGAGCGACGACCAUCUUCUUUUCUUGCGUCGAAUGCAAGAGCUACUUGUCAAGGCACGUGACCAGAUGGCCAAGACGCAGCAACGCAUGAGCCAGCAGGCCAAUCGCCAGCGUCUUCCUUGCCCAUUCCGCGCCGGCGAUCUCGUUUGGGUCUUCGCCGCGGAAUUCAGCCUUGAACAAGAUAUCUCUCGCAAGCUCCUCCCGAAAUGGAUGGGCCCUUGGCCAAUCGUAGCAACCGCUGGAGACGCACCCGAGGGACCUUCCUUCACGAUUCAAGUGCCUGCCCACUUGCCCAUCUACCCAGUCUUUCAUUGCUCCAAGUUGGCUCUUUACACGCCAGCGGAACAUGACGAUUUUCUCGGGAGACGUUCGCAAGACCCACCCUCUAUGGGCGGUUUUCAGGAGGUCGGCGACAUCAUCUCCCAACGACGCUACGGCAACAGGCCAACCGAGUAUUUGGUGCAUUUUGCAUACUGCACACACCGAGCUGACCGUUGGUUGACCCGUGCAGAACUUCAAGCAACAGCUCCAAACGUUCUCGCACGAUAUGAACGCAAGAUGCAAGGCAAGCCGGUCUCUUCGGCUCCACGCCGCACCCGCAUCCAGGUUCCACCUUCAGAUCGUCGGCUUCGCCCUCGCCCCGGCUUGACUUCAUAAGGAGGGGGGGGUGUUACAUGUUGCGCCUGCAACACGA